AUGACGACCGCCGAGCUUCGGCCAACUUACGAAAUAACUAUUAAUAAAGGUUUGAAACUCUUACAAAUUAAAGACUCGGUAACUUUCGCUUUUUAGAUUAUUUUUUCUCACAUUAAAAAAAAUUCGGAAAUCUUUUUCAGAGCUUUUGCUGGUAUUCCAGAGAAGAGCUUCAAAGUCUUACAGAUUAGUAAAAAUUGAAUAAUAAGAAGUAUUAUAGUUAAACUUCAAAGGAAAAAAAGAACUAGUUUCACCAUUUUUCUAUUUAUUAUUUCUGCGCGUUUGGGUGUAGAAUUGCGUCGUUCCGCACCUUGUUGUAUUUUUUUAACACAGAAGUUCAAUUUUGUUUUCAGUGACUUUCAUAAUCAAAUAGAUUUUUUUAAUUUUUGUUUCGUUAAUUGAGAUGAUUAUGAGAGAAGUUAGAGUAUUGGUUUUUCAAAAUUUUUUUCUAACGACGAUGAAUUCAUUGUUUUUGUAGCUGAUGGGCCUCGACCGCCGACGAAGGCCGUGACUGAGAUCAACAAAGGAGCAUCUUUUUCAUUGAAAUGUUCUGCGAGUAAAGACUUCGAGGUCGAAUCGCUCACGUUGCUACGGGAGUCCGUAGAAAAAACUGUGACCCGCACCGGCUCCAGGUCCUUUUUUAUAUUUCACGGAAUUUUUUUUUAGUAAGAAAAGAACUAAUUGAAUAAAGUUGCAACAGAAUUUUUCAACAUAUACAGUAGCGAAAAUGGGUGAGUAUUUUUUGGUUUUUCAUCCUUUACUUUGCCAAAAACGAUCAAUAAAAUCUGAAAAUUUAGCCGAUCACUAAGAAUAACUGACGAGAUAAACGCGAGGUCGGUGGCGGUACAUUGACGAACUCGCAAACAUCUCGCCUUUUUCUAGGCGCGAACUCGCAUUUUUCUCGGCGCGACCUGGCAUUUAUCUUGCAUUUCGGAAAUUUUCAGUUUGCGAGAGAAAUGCGAGCUCGCGCCUAGAAAAGUGCGAGCUCGCGACUAGAAAAAUGCGAGACCGGCGCGAGAAAAAACGCGAGAUGUUUGCGAGCUCGUCAAUGAACCGCCAGCGUCUCGCGUUUAUCUCGGCAGUUAUUCUUAGUGAUUAAGUAAAAUGAUCUUAUUAACGAUUUGAAAUAAUCAUUGAAACCGAUUCCAAAAAAAAACCUCCAUAAAGUUUUUUUUUUUGAAUAUUCAUCAAAAUCCAAAAAAACAUCAUUUUCGCUACUAUAUGUAAAGUGAGAAGUUUAUUUUAAUGUUGAAGUUAACCAAGAGAAAAACAUUAUUUAUGUUUUUUUCACGAUUUCAACAUGAGUUAAAUUAAAUUUUUAAAUUAUUAAAAUACCUACUUUUCUAACUUUUUCAUAUCAUUUACAGUAUCACCUACGAAGUCGAUUCAUAUGCCGACGAACAUUCUGGAGCCUACGAAUGCCGCGCGAAACUCAAAGAAAGUACUACUUGGCACACGCCUCAGAUCCGACUCCAUAAACCGCGAGUCGUUCGUUUUUCUACUUUCAAAACUCUUUGCGGAAUAUCUAUAACUUGUUUUUAAUGUACCUUCUGAAUUGAAUUAUUUAGAGCGUGAUGAACCAUUUGAAGCGGUGUGACGUCAGCGACACCUACUGCGGCGAGCACGGGACCUGCUUUUUAGACAACGGACGGAAGCUUUGCGAGUUCGUUGCUUGUUAUUUUUGAUAAUGUGGAAGACUUCUAUGGUUAAAAAGUUUGUUAAGCCGGCGGAAAAUCAUUCUCAUAAGACAAUAAUUCAGAGUCUGAUUCUUUAUUUUUAUCUUUUUCUUUGAAUUUUUCAAUCGGACUCUUUUCUAUAAGUCAUUUUAUCGCAUUUUGCUUCGCUCACGAGAAAAAAGAAACACACGCGAGUCCGAAAAUUUUAAGUCGUGGCGAAUGAAGUAUAAAUUAAUAUAUUUCUAUUAACCUUGGCAAAAAUUAGAAACCUAUUUGGAUAAUUUCUGAGUGAAGGUAUUGUUUCACCGCUUGAACCAUUUUAAUGAUAUUUCUAGUUUCCUAUCAAUAUCUAUCCUUUAAUAAAUGGAACCCUUUUGGAACCCACUGUGAGAAUUUUCAUGAUAGAGUCACUUAAGAAAAAAAAAGUUUAGUUCUAGAUAACAUCUUCUUUCGUGAACCUUUAUCGCAAAGGUUUGACUUCCAGUGUUGCCGAUAAAAGACUCUAGAUCUUGAAAAAUUUUGUAUGUAAGUUGAAAAAGAAGUAUUCAGUUUUUUGAAACAGCUCUUAGAACCUUAACUCUAUACGUUUUUGAUAAAUAUACAAUAGUGCGUUCCGCGCGAGAUGGUCACAUUUUAAAAGAACAGCAGAAAAAAAGAAUGGGCUUGAAGCCUAGUGGGGUCAAAUUCGAUCCAUUUUACCGUUCUUUUCAAUCAAUCAAAUCAUUUAUUUUGUUGGUUUAGUCAUAGAUGUAUCGACUAGGCGGUGAACAAGAACUUUGAAAGCUAUAACGAACAACCGCCUUUGGCGAGCUAGAAGUCCAAACGUGUAGUCGAAAGAGUUAAAAGCAUGGUCUUACGGUCUUUCGCCUCGUCCUUCUGCGCGUAGUCCAUCCAGUUGCGCCUUGACGAGCUCAGAAUGUAGCGGAUGUUGUGCUGGAGCCCGGAGACCGUGCUCUAGGUGGAAGCCUCAGAAUGAGAGCUACCACUUCGAGUGAAGAUUUUACACGGAAUUUUGGUAGAAAAAAAACGUGACAAGCUGGCCUGGAAUGGGCUAUAGAAGUAAAAUCAGUCUUUCAAGCUUUAAAUUUUUCGGUUUUCAGAUGUCAUGGUGAUUACAAUGGCGAAAGAUGCGACAGCGUCUUGAUGACCGCAUUCGAGGGUAUGGCGAAUGCUAAUUACAGUGAGACUUCCACCUCUUCUCCCUCUUUACAAUAUUUGCUCUAACAUGUUUGUAAAUCUAAUUCAUUUCCAUCAAUCUAACAAAAAAAAAGAAAAAUUCGACAAAAACGUUUUUUUUCAGUCAGAAUGAUCAAAAUGGUGGGAGGUGCAACGACAGGCGUCAACGUCGUCUUCAUUUUCUUGGCCAUCAUUUUCGGCGUGCUUUAUUUGAAACAAAAGUUAGUUUUCCAAAUUCAAAAAUUCAAUGACGAAAUAGAAGCUUUUCAAGACCUUUUUGUAAGUUUUAGUCUUUUCACACGAUUUGAAAAAUGCUGGCAACAUAGACCCCUGAAAGAGUUCUUAAAAGUCGAUACUUUUUCAGAAAAAAAGUCCGAAAAAUGGAGAACUAUUUUGGCGUUCUUCCUGAACGAGACCCACUGUAUGGCGAAUAUCCUCCUCUUGAAAGUCUUUAUAAAGGUAAUGAAAAUGAAACUUUCCUCUCAUGAAACUCUAAACUAUUCUCCAGAUUGUACUCAGAACGGCAAUACCAAGAAAAGACCGCCGCUGCAGAAAAAUUACAGUUUUGAUGAGAGCACACAUUAUGGAUUCGGCAAACUUCGGGAAGCGUUUCACAAGGUGAAUUCAGAUCUAAAAUAGUGAUUUCAAAGAAUGAAUGAGGCUGGCUCAGCCGGUAAAAAGCUUGUUGGCUAAUUGCAAGACUCUGGUCAUUAAAUUCUAAUUUUUUCAACUAAAAUGAUAAUUUCCAGGCAAAACUCGGCAAGUCGGAUACAAAACUUCUGGACAGAGGUGGAGGAACCGUUUGA